CGAAGAAGUAUUAGAUUGCGCCGAAGUUGUAGCUUUACGUAAAAUUCUACCCCAUCCAAACAUUUUAAAUCCACUAGAAUAUUACUAUGACGAUUCAUGUGGCAGACUAAUUUUAAUUUUUGAUUUAAUGGACAUGAGUUUGUACGAUUUAAUGAAGAUAAAAAAGAGGGGUUUCCCGGAACACAAAGCUCGAUUUUACCUGCACGAAGUUUUGAAAGGGCUUUAUCACCUCCAUAAAAUGGGCCUCUUUCAUCGAGAUGUCAAACCAGAAAAUAUUUUGAUUAACUUGCCUAAAACCCAUUCAACUCUUCAAUAUUCUUUUCAGGAAAGGGUAAAAUUAGCAGACCUGGGUUCUAUUCGGGGUAUAUACAGUAAACCACCAUACACAGAAUAUAUAUCUACAAGAUGGUACAGAGCACCGGAAUGUUUAUUGACAAAGGGAUAUUAUGGACCUAAAAUGGAUAUCUGGGCUGCUGGAUGUGUUUUUUACGAACUGAUAACCCUAACGCCACUUUUUGCUGGUUCAAAUGAAAUAGAUCAGUUGGCUAAAAUCCAUGCCAUACUUGGCACACCACCAGUCAGAGUUCUUAAUAAAUUUACUAACAAUAGAUCUCAAAAUUUUCAAAAUUUUCCAAAACAACGAGGAAAAGGUUUGAAUGCCGUUUUAGAAAAUCUAAGUGAUAACGCAAAAAAUGUGCUAAGAUUAAUGUUGGAAUACGACCCUAUGAAAAGGGUAACCCUUAAAAGAUUAUUAGAACAUUCUUACUUCGGUAGUUUAUCACGUAUCAAUAUGAGAUUAUCCGAUAAAAUGAGCGCGCCAAUCGGUACAAAAAGAAAGCAGCAAUAUUCCGAAGAAUAUAUCAAAGAUUCACGUAAAAGAGCAAUUAAAAGCUUCAGCUUAUGUAUGCAUAGUGUUCCGAAAAAGAUAAAAGUAAAUUCCUCUUAAACGACCUAUCGAUAUCGUUCAUACAUCAAUUUUUCUUUUUUGUCAUCUGUUAAACAUAUUAUUGAGGUAAACGAUAUUAUGAGUAAGUUAAAUUAUUGUCUGUGAAAAACGAAUAUAUU